GAGCGAACUAGUUUCUCCCUUGCUCAAGUAGGCACCUACUCAAUUAAGGAGGCAGGGCCGAGCGGGCUGAAAAAGAAGAAAGAACGAUUAAAGACACAGAAAAGAAAGUAAUUCCGUGGACUGAUUGAUUUUAUCACAUCCUACUUGCUCCUAGUAGUACGGCCAGGAGCCCCUAGUAGCGUUCUUGCUCCUAGUAGCGAUGCCCUUUGCUACUAGUAGCCUUUAGAUUUUUUUUUCCACAUGCUCUGGUGUGCACGGACAUGCUCUUUGCAUCCCCCGUCGCAAUUUCAAGCAUAAUCUAGGCCCUCCAUAACCCUGUAGAGCGAAGCGUCCUGUGAUCCUUCAAUGAUCCUUCAAUGUUGAGGCAAAGCGGUCCGCCUUUGAAGGAAUUUGCUUGUUGCUAGCUUGAGGCUUGUUCUAUGGCUAGUAGCAGCAACUGCCAUCACGGUCCUGCUCAUAGUUGAAAAAUGAAUCAAGAUUUUCACUCGUCCUUUUGCAUCUUCCAAGGGCCAGAUCGAAGGAGGUGGGUACGGCAUGAGUUCCACCCUACUAGCUAUGGCCUCCAACCUACUAGCGAUGGCCUCCAACCAAUACCGAUGGCCUCCAACCAAUACCGAUGGCCUCCAACCUAACAGCGUAUGAAUUGGUCUGAUGGAAGUUUUGUGAAGUCUUGGUUGUUCCUUUCAUGUUCAUUUUUUUGCCAGAUGGAAGUCUUGUGCGCCGACAUGAGCAAGAGGCUUCUAAUGGGAUGGACCCUUCGCGGCCAAGUUGCACCAAUGCGAACUGCGCGGUUCUUUUGAUUGUGACAGUCCAACCCAACAUAAGUCCGAGUUCAGUCAUGCAGCAGACAUGCAGCAGUCAUGCAGCAGUCAUGCAGCUCUGUUGGGAAGUUUAUAUUUUUCCAUGUUGGACAUGUCCUGUGGGGCCCUCUCCCAUCCAUGUUGGGUGAUGCUGGGUUGAGCUUGAUGAGAGAAGUCCGGCAUUGUUUCUUUCUUUCUGUUUGUCCCACCAGUUGCGUCGGAUUCUUUCAUCACACCCUUAACAAGGCAUUGGGUGACAGACUUCCCGCAUCAAAACACAUGCGGCGUUUACAUUCAGGAUUCCGACUUCGUCACUUUCGCAGGUCAGAGUGGAUGCGUUCGGAGAGGUCAGGAUGUCCCGGAGCUCAAAACAGGAUCGGUUGUGGCUGGAGCACUCAAAGGGAGACGCGUUGCAGGUGCCCUCACCUGCGGUGCCAUCCACGGCCAGUGUGGCCGACGCGGAUGAUGCUGCGCAGCCACCAGCCCCGUCACCACUGGUGGCAGCCGAAGUCUUUGUUGCUUCGGAGCCAAGACCGGAGAAAGCUUCGGACAUCGCUGUCGAAGCGACUGGAAGUGGCCUUGGAGAGUUGGAGACGGACCGACGAGACCGAAAAGGAGACAGACCUCCGCACAGACCCCACUCACACCGCAUCCGGCAUCGGCUGACUGUGACCACAUUGAGUGUGUGCAUGUGCUGCAGUGGAAUUUUGGGCCUGGUGGUGGUCUGGAGACAAGGGAAGGUCCUGAUGAACAAGCCUCGGCGUACAGAAGACUUCCAAGAAGACUUCCAAGAUCAGGUGGCCAAAGUCUUGAAGAGAAGUACCAGGUCAAGUCAAAGUUCAAUCCGCAAGGAUGUCAUAGACAGUGGACAGCGGCCGCAGGCAGCAGAGGCAGCGGCAGCAGUGUCUCAGGCAAGCAGCAGCAUGGAGGCACCCGCAAAUUCAUCCGAAACCGUUGCUCUGGAGAAGCAGUCAACAGUUGAUCCCACUGAGAUGCACGACACCGAAGCUGAUGCAGCUGGCGGAGGCAUUAGGAAAAGCGCAAAAUAAACUCGAAAGAAGUGCGUUGGAAAAGUCUAUAACGACUUGCUCUGGCAAACAUUUGCCACGUGAGACUGUUCAAGAUUGA